GUUCUGAUAUCUCCGCAAAAGAGUCAGCCUCGUACUCUGGGGGAAUUCCUGGUCCUACCCUUCUGGGAAUGAUCUCGCCCACACUUCGGGGCGGGGCUGAGGCGCUUCCCGGCUCCACUUAACUCCUCGUCAAUUCAACGGAGACGCGGGAAAAUGGCGGAGUCCCGUUUUAGGCCUCCGGGGAGGUCCUUCAGCGAAGCCGGAUCCGGUGCCCCUGUGAACUCCAAGGGUAAAGGGAGAAGAGUGCCAGCUGGAAGAAUAGUAGAGUCUCGGUAUUUGCAAUGUGAAAAGAAAAAAGUUGUUAAGGUACUUGCAGCAGAUACUUCAGUCAACAGUUCCAGUGGAAAACAGAUUGAAAGUGGAAAAAAAUCUAAUGUGUCUCAAAAAGGUAGCAAAGAUAAUAAUCAGAUUGAAAAGAAUGAUUUGCAAUCAACUCUGUUAGAUGGACACAGAACUGCACCUCCUGAUCUGGAUCUUUCUGCUAUUAAUGAUAAAAGUAUCAAGAGAAGGACUCCACAAUUAGCCAGUAAAGCUAAUACAGGACAAAUUUCCAACACCAAAAAACCACAACCAUCAAAAAAUCGCAACAUAGUUUCCCCAGAAGAUAUCAGAAAGAUGGAGUCACAGACAUUACUUCUAACCCUUCUGACAGUGAAGAUGAAUAAACGUGUUGCUGUAACAAAAGAAAAAGCAGAAAAAAAUCUCAUCAUGCUAUGUGAAGAAAAGGACAGAGUGCAAAAAAAAGUGCAGGAAUUAAAACGCAAACUUCUGUUCCAUCAGAAAGAACAGGAAAUGGUGGACACACUUGCUACUCAGAGUGAAUUGCUUGCUCCCUUUGUGGCAAUGUCUGAGAGUUUUAAGAAGGAUUAUAAAACUUUUGCAACUGCACUGGACUCUACUAGACAUGAAUUACCUGUGAAAUCCAUUCACAUGGAAGGAGAUAGGGACAAAUUUUUAGAUGAUUUACAGCACCAACUAUCUAUCACACAAAACUUGUUGGCAGAAGUUACAACUGACCAAGUAGGGCAGCAUGCUAAAGUAUUUGACGUGUUGGAUGAAUUUAAAGAAGUAGUGAAAAAAAAGGAUCUAGAACUCAAAAGGAGCUUUGCCCACGUGCUUAACUUAUCCUCAGAAGUCAGUAAAGAAGCUGCCUUAACUAACCAAGAAGUCUGGGAAGAGACUCAAGGGACACAGAAUCUAAGCCAAUGGUAUUUUAAUCAACAGCAUUCAGAGGAUGCUCCAAAAGACAACUGAAGGCUCAAUGGGUACUUAUGUUUUUAGGUUUAUCACAUCAACAAUAAGUUGUCUCUGACACAUUUUUGCUGCGUUUGUUUUCUUAUAUUUUUUCUACCAUAUGCAUAAAUAGUUGAGUACUGUUGACAACACAUUUUGUCUUUUUGGGACAUUCAGAACACAUAGCACUUUAAAUCAAUGUGUAUUAAAUAAAUGCUUUUGUCUUCUAUUAUGUGAGAGAUUUGGGGUGUUAAAAAUAAAAGUUCCUGACAUGAAA